AUGUCGCUCAUUCACGGACUAGUCGCUAGAGGCACCACAGUACUAGCGGAGCAUGCAACAGGAACAGCAGAGCUGAAACCUGCUGCUCAAAUAACCAUCUUAUCGAAGAUCCCACCGAAUAAUUCGAAACUUACCUACGUAUGGCAAGAUCGAUUGAUCCAUUAUGUAUCUUCGAACGGAGUUAUAUAUCUCGUCAUGGCGGAUGACUCAGUAGGAAGGAGAAUGCCAUUUGCUUUCUUAGCUGAGGUAGAAAGGAGGUUCACAGCGUCAUUCUCUUCAGAUGAAGUGGUUUCAGCUUCGGCACAUUCAUUAGGUGAUUUCGAAAAUGAAUUAGCAAAAUUAAUGCAUCAAUAUACUACUUCACCACCGGCAGAUCCAUUAAGACAAGCACAAUCAGAUUUGAACAAUGUUAAAGACAUAAUGGUUCAAAAUAUAGAUUCGAUACUUCAGAGAGGAGAAAGAUUAGAUUUAUUAGUCGAUAAAACCGAUACGUUAGCUGGACAAGCAUAUGCUUUUAGAAGAGGUGCAAGGAAUGUGAGGAGACAACAAUGGUGGAAGAACGCUAGAAUAACAGCUUUGACUGGUGUUGUGUUGAUUUUAAUCUUAUAUAUCUUCAUCGCUCAAUUCUGUGGCGCUUCCUUAACACAUUGUAGGAAUUAG